AUGCUUGAAUAUCUUGUUGACCAGGUGAGCCCCAUGAAGGCAUCCGCUUGCCUCGUGGGGAUCUUUUUUCUUGCAUGUCUCGUUCCCCUGGACAAUGUUUACGGCUAUGUGAUGGCAAACCGGAGGUGUGAGGAUCUCACUCACUGGCAAAAUCUCAUGGAGACUGCCCAUGGCACAUCAACCAUCGAUCAUGUCCAAACCGCUGAACUGGAUUUUGGUAUUUCAAACCGAGUCAUCAUCACCAAGGACCCCGAGAACAUCAGAGCUUUACUCACUGGCCAAUUUGCGGACUAUGGCAAAGGAGAGCCUUUUCAUCACGACUGGAAAGAGUUCUUAGGCGACAGUAUCUUCGUCACGGAUGGCGAACUAUGGUCUCGCUCGCGUCAACUCAUUCGGCCUAUGUUCACCAGGGACCGCAUCGUGGACACCGAACUCUUCGAGCAUCACGUCCAACACCUUAUCCCCCUCCUGGCAGGAACCAAGAGCAACAAAGUCGUCGACCUAACUCCCCUGUUCCUCCGAUACACUCUAGACGCUGCGACAGCCUAUCUCUUCGGCGAAGGCACCAACAGCCUGCAGAAUCCAGCCACCAGCUUCGCCGACGCCUUCAGCUACGUACAACACCGACAGGGCGAGAUAUUUCGCUACGGCCCCUUCAACCCCAUCCUCUCCCGUACCAAAUUCCGCCAAAAGCUCAGGAUAAUGAACGAAUUCAUGGCCCCCUUCAUCCAACGCGCCCUAUCCCUCAGUCCCGAAGAACUCGACAAGUCCCUCUCAAAGCAAGAAACAUUCAUCCACGCCCUAGCCCGCUUCACCCGAGACCCCCAAGUCAUCCGCGACCAACUAACCGCCAUCCUACUCGCCGGCCGCGACACAACCGCCACGACUCUCGCAUUCUGCUUCUUCGAAUUAUCCCGCAACCCCUCCGUAGUCAAAGCACUCAGAUCCGAAAUCGCCUCCCGACUAGGUCUGGGCCCAUCCGGCCGCAAACCCACAUACACGGACCUCAAAGAAAUGAAAUACCUCACCGCCGUGCUUAACGAAACGAUGCGCGUCUACCCCGUUGUUCCAUUCAACGUUCGCUAUGCAUUGAAGAACACGACCCUCCCCCGUGGCGGUGGCCCCGAUGGCACCGGACCUGUAGGCGUUCGUGCCAACACUCGGGUGAUGUACUCGACCAUGAUGAUGCAGAGGGAUCCGGUGCUUUACCCGCCCCCUGGAAGUAAUAAGAACUAUUUCGACCCUGGAAAGUGGAUCCCCGAGAGAUGGAUGGGUGAUUGGGUGCCGAAACCGUGGUAUUUUGUUCCGUUUAAUGGUGGACCUAGGAUCUGUUUGGGACAGCAGUUCGCGAUGAUUGAGAUGGGAUUUACCGUUGUAAGGAUCUUGCAGGUUUACGAGUCACUGACGGCUGUGCCGCCAGCCGGGAAGGAUAAGGUCGAGGAUCCGAUGUUGAGGUUUGAAAUCACUUUGAAUCCGGGUUGUGAGUUGAAUUGUGUUUUUGAGUGAUGUUGAGGAUAAGUUGAAAAAGAG